CAGCUGACUCCCUCUGCCUUCCAGAAGCAGAUGUCUCUCACCACCAAGCAGAGGCUGGCCAGCAUUCCGCAGAUUAAUCUGCCCCAGAUUGUCCAGCAUCGAGAUAUGAGUGAGACCUCCAAUCACAAGGUCUCAGCAGUUGACCCAGACCAGACCUUGUUUCAUGUUUUCCCAUCAGAGGUGGUAUUUCAGAACUACGUCCCACACAAGGUCUGUGAAAUGCCACUGGUUCUGAGGAACAGGGACAUGGUUCCUCGGCUGGUGAAGGUCACGAUGGAGAGUUCACCUUAUUUCCAGCUGGUUGGCCCCAGCGGUGCGUACCGUAAGGUGCCACCGGGCAUGUGUUCUACUUUACGCAUCGUCUUCACCCCUGGGGAGAACAAGGAUUAUUUCCACUGUCUCAUCUGCACCACUGAAAGAGAAGAGUUCAUUGUGCCACUUCGGGCCAUUGGUGCCCGAGCUGUCCUGGACUUCCCUGACCAGCUGGACUUCUCGGUCUGUCCGGUCAAGUACAGCACCGAGAAGACUCUGAUGGUUCGCAACCUUGGUAACAGGGAAGCCCGUUACCAAAUCAGCACCCAGAGCCCCUUCUCUGUCACUCCGACCAUGGGAACUCUUGGCAUUGGUGACAUCCUGCAAGUGACAGUGGAAUUUCACCCUCUGCAGACUGGGGAUCAUUCUGGAUCCCUGGUAGUGCACUAUGACACAG